AUGCUUGUUCUCGAAGAAUUCGGCCUCAAGAAGGCAGCUCAGACCUCGUCCUCCACCAUGGUGGCUCGUGACUCGAAUGAAUCUCAAGAGAUGUCUGAUCAUUCAUCAGCACGUUGCACAAAUAAUGGUGGAAAACGGUAUUCAAAUCGUGGCAAUUCUAGAAAGAAUCACAACAACACUAGUGGUCGUGAUAACUCAGGCGCUGGCAAGGGAGGCUCUGGUGGCGGUGGCAGCAAUCGCAAGGGUGGACAACAACAGCCCCAUAACAACCCUUGGCCUGUAGGACAGCAAUGGCUUUGGCCAUGGAUGCAGUGGGCUAUUCCUCCUUGUCCGUACCCAGCUGCUCCAUGGGCCAGGCCCAAUUAUCAGCAACCUCCACGCCGACAGCCUGGUGUUCUUGGGUCCAGACCUCAGCAGGCAUACACAGCCACAGCUCCUACUCCAACAGACAUCGAGGCUGCUAUGCAUACCCUCGAUAUUACUUCUCCGGAUCCGAAUUGGUAUAUGGACACCGAUGCCACCUCUCAUAUGACGUCCACCUCAGAUGGGGUGCAUAUUGCAAUCCUCCCACAUGCACAUGCAUCUGCUUAUCAUGCUACUCACGUGCUAGAAAAGGCUUUAGAAUUCCAUUAG